CUAGUCACCAGCCACAGGCUAAGGAGUUAGCCGUACGCCAGCAGAAGGGACCAAUACUUUUAGCAACCUUACAUUUCAGCGCGGACAGCGACCAAGCUACAAUACAAAUCUCGGUUCAUUCAUAAAACAUAAAACGUGAAGUACAAAUAUUUGAAAACACCUUCCAAUCGACUCAGCUAUUCACAUAAUACUAGAUCAUAUUAUAAUCUACCCUCUAUUUUGUUUCUUUUUUUUUUCAUAUUUAGGGGUACGUCACGACGCAUAAUACUAGCCACCAUGGCGGCUCCCAAGCAAGAUCCUCUUGAGAUCUUAGACAAGAUGUUUAACGAAGUCCUGGUGCAAACUGGGAAGCAUCUCAAAGUACAUGCUAAGGAUGGGUCAAGGAACGUUAACGCGAGCAACGCGAUACGCGCAAAGACGUCAGAUUUGCUGGCGACGUAUCACUAUGCUUUGGACGACCUCGAAAGCGAAAUUACCAGGGCCAAGGCUGUCAUUCUGCGAGAUCUGGAGAAGCUACGUGCAGCGCGAGCUCCCGUUCCUGCUCCCGCUCCUGCUCCGCAGCCUGUGGCACCACCGGCACCAAUGAUGGAAUUGCCGUCCUCAGCGGCACACACCAUGAAUGCCCGGGCCGCCUUUGCUCCUAAGCAAGAGAGCAAGCCGGCAGCCCCGUUCCCGGACAUGGGCGUAGGCAUGUCUACUGACGUAGUUGAUCUGACUUCGAGCGACAAGAAGCCAUCGCCACGGGUCCCACCUGGUGCUAUCAGGCCGCCCGUUAGGGCCACUCCCCCGAUGAAGAACGAAGUAAAACCUUCUCCAAAACAACCACCCAAGCCUUCACCCAAGCUAGCUCAACCCCCCAAGGUAACCCCAGUGCCUCUGCCGCAGAUCCCGCGGCUCCAACCUCCUCAACCACCUGCUAUAGGGCCUGGCGCUACAACCCAACCGCAGCCGGGAGCUCCUAAUGGUCAACUGAAUAGACCGGUCCAAACUACACCGGCGGCGCAAGCUGCCCAGGACGCAACUCUUAAUGCCAUGUUACUGCCUGGUAAUGUUGCAGGUGGCGAUACUAACGCUGCAGGGGGUGGCAAUGCGCUAGGUUUUACAGACAUGCAAUUCUCCCUUGCGCCAUCGAACAAUGAAGCAUCGGGCGCUCCUCCGGCUCCAAUGCCUGAAUUUGACCUUACAACGUUCGCCCCACAAGAAGGGAGUAAUAACACGUUGCUUGACACAUCCAAGCACGGUAAUACCAACACAGGGCCUGCUACAGGAACUAGUCAGAACAAUAUAACGGUACCCCAACAUCAACCACAACCAAAGCAAGAAGACAAGGCCGAUACAAACCUCGAUGACUUGUUCAACCUGGACAAUACUAACGGCGGGACCGACAACAUGUUCGACCUGGGAGGCAGCGGUGUUAACGAUACCGCAUUUGACGAUAUGUUCUUCGGCAACAAUAACGACACGGAUCUGGAGCACUUUGACGAGGAAUACUUCAACAGCUUUCAGUAAUACCCAGGUCAGAUAACCGGGUUGUAUCAUCAUUCUCAUCGAAGGAAAUUAAUAACCUCUAGCGGCUGGACUUGGAAAGGAAUUAUCAUUAUUAGUUGGCGAAAUAGUAGGUAGAAAAGUUUAAUCAGCGUUCUAUAAUAUCUAUUUGGUCCCAUGUUAGCCUUUUGGUUCCGAAUAUUAUUAGCCUUUAGCAACUUUACUUUUGAUGUAGUAGAGUCAGUAUUCGAAGUACAUUAUUUAUAUUGAUAAACCCCUGGACUGCAAGAGUCUUGUCAUAGGGGGAGGUUUCCACUCAUGUGCAGAUAUGAAGUAUACAUAUUUGCGCUGGCAGCAUUUGGUAACAGGUUAAUUCCACCAGGGCCACUUGGCUUAUGUAAUGAUAUGUAGGUCUUACUAACGUCCCCCUUUUCAGAU